AUGGCCAAUAACAAUGGCUAUGAUGACCAGAAAACACAGGGGGAUCUUCAGACAACCUGCUGCCCCUUGACUAUCAACAUCUCCAAGCUAAACCGAGUCAGAGUGUUGCCCAUCUACGCCUUGCCCAAUGCCCCCACACUGGCUGACUUGGAGGACACCAACAAUGAAGGAGAUACUGCCCCACCUCACCCCUUUUCUCUCUUCUCUCUUCCAGUUGUCACCCCGCAUUCUGAGAUCUGGUUUCUGGACCGAGCUCUCUACUGGCAUUUCCUCACCAAAACCUUCACCGCUUACUGCCGGCUCCUGAUCACCCACCUGGGGCUGCUGCAUUGGCAGUAUGCCUUCACCAGCUGCGGCAUCAGCCCCCAGGCUAAAGUGAGAGAACGACAGACUGGCCCUUUUCCUAGGGGCUGCCGCUCCUCCCCAUUUUGUCUUCACAAAAGCCCUGCGAGGGAGGUCAGGCUCAGAGUGAGUGACUGGCCCGAGGUCACCCAGUGA